CUGCAUAUGCCUUAGCCAAGACUGAAAAGUUGGACCUUGCGAGAAUUGAAGAUGGUGUCUCAAAGAGAAAAGAAGAAAAGCAAUCUCAAUCAAAUGGUGCCAUUGAACUUGAGGCCAUGAGAGAAGAGAAAGCUAAGCUAGAACUAACACUUUCUGAAGUUCAAGGAGAAAAUUCUAAACUUAGGGAAGAGAUUGGUAAGGUAAACAAUACUCAUGCAGAGCUGUUUAAGGAAUUACAGUCAGUACAAGGUCAGUUAAUAGCUGAGCGAUCAAGAUGCUUUAAAUUGGAGGUUGAUUUCAUCAUAAAACUAAUGACCAUCUACGUACUUUGCUCUCUUUAGGUGAUCAUAUUGAUUAAAAGAUCUUAAUUUAGGCAUCAUU